ACCUUCACAUUCGACGAACUUUUCAAAGCGCGUACAAUCCUGUUCCUCCAAUUGCAUUUUCAGACCUCUGUCAAAAUAUCGUCAAAGACCAGCAUCACUUCAGAGGGAGAAUAGUCAUAAAUUUUACGUAGUUAAGAAUUCAACAAUAGAUUAAAACACGUUCCUACAUACUUCCACUUGGAAUAAAAUCAUAGUUUCCAUGGCCUCAGUUUUGGGAUAGGUUCGAGCCAGUCAGUCGUUCUUUCGGUCGGUCAGUAAUAAUCCGGGCUUCUUCUUCAACGCUUACUCCACAAUCUGUGACGUGGUUUGGUUACCUGAUUCUGAAGCUGAAAAAGAAUACGACCGGGUGGGUGCUACUACCGGAUUCCGGGGACCUUUUUGAUCAUGUAUCGACCAUCUCUGACGACCAUGUUGUCCGUGGCCUUCUUGGCCUACAUGGCCAACUCUAUGUGGACCAUGGCCAAGCUGUUUUUCCCCCCGGAUUGCUCGGGUUUAUCCGACCCAAAUGAAUGCCUGAAGAGCUCUUUGCUCAAGAACCCGGCCCGAGAUAUUUUGAUUUUCAGUUCCUUGAAGGCCCGACCGGAUAUGGAUCGGGAUAUGAGCUUCUUAGCCGCCAUGAGCAUUGAAGAUCCGAAUGAGGAGUCUGAGCUGGAUGUUCAAGUUCCUUUGGCGGAUAAGGUGAAGAAAAAUGGAACCAUGUUUCUCUGCGUUUUCACAGUUCCACAUAAGCCGAAACGCUCGGUUGAGAAGGAUUGGUUCAAGAUGAUUCACGAUCCUGAAACGACUUACAUGAUGAUCCCUUGGACGGUUUACCAGGUGCCAGAGGCGGAAACAUUCAAUCUUCUUGGGGAUGAGAAGUUGGAGGAGCCCAAGUCCGAGGAAGAGAAGGCCAAGACAGUCCGGGAGUUUCGACCCGUGUCUCAUCUGAGGUCCAAGAUCACGUUAAGUUUGAUGACGGAUCUAUUGGAUAUGCCCAAGUCGGAUAUUCCUCCGGAGAUUUACUAUUUGAUGCGGCAAGGUCCGGAUAAGAAGCACUACCUGCCCAUCUUGUACAUAGACGAGCUCAGCUUGAGAAUAAGGGACUUACGGGAAGUCAACGCCACGGACCCAUCAAGCACUGUAGCGUUCAAGUAUCGACCCAUCUCCUUGGGGAAACUCCGAUUAUUCCUCCAAUUCACCAGUGCUCUCAGUUCCAUGGUUCAAUUGGGCUUCACCUUCAAAGACAUUGACGAGGUCAAGGGAAUUUUUGCCGACACAAAUCUGGUCCUGCUCUUGGUGACCUUCUCGGUCUCGGCCGUCCACAUGCUCUUUGAUUUCUUAGCCUUCAAAAACGACAUCAGUUUCUGGCGGAACAAGAAAUCUAUGGUCGGACUCUCCAUCCGGACGUUGCUUUGGCGGGCUUUCAGCCAAGUUAUCGUUUAUCUGUACCUAAUGGAUGAGGAGACCUCCCUUCUAGUCCUCGUCCCAUCAGGCUUGGCUGCUCUGAUCGAAAUUUGGAAAGUAACCAAAGCUUUUAAAGUGACGAUCAACUUACAGGGAUGGAUUCCCAGAAUUUCCUACGGAUCGGCCACGGACAAUGAAAAGAGUACCGAGGAAUUCGACUCUCAAUCCAUGCGAUAUCUGUCAUACGUUCUAUACCCUCUAUGCUUGGGCGGUGCAGUCUACUCACUUAUGUACACUCCCCACAAAUCUUGGUGGUCCUGGACCAUUCAGAGCAUGGUGAAUGGCGUCUACGCCUUCGGUUUCCUCUUCAUGUUACCACAAUUGUUCGUCAAUUACAAACUCAAAUCGGUGGCCCACCUCCCUUGGCGGUCAUUCAUGUACAAGGCCUUCAACACCUUCAUCGAUGAUCUUUUCGCGUUCAUCAUCACUAUGCCCACGGCUCAUCGGGUGGCCUGUUUCAGGGACGAUAUCGUGUUCCUGGUCUAUUUGUACCAACGUUAUCUUUAUCCAGUGGACAAGACCAGGCUAGAUAUGAGUGGCAUGAUUGAAGAGAGUCCGGAUUCAAGUCCUGAUAUGGCCUCAACUGAAACAAAGAAGGACAAAUAAAAGUAAUUCAACAUAUAGGUAUACUACGAGGACAUCUCUGUAAAUAUCUGUGAUAACGAUUCAUUCCUCCUUUGCACCCUCAAUAAAUGUGAUUCAGUUUUCCUAAAUGUACAAAUCAUUACUUUUGACCGUUUUAAUUUUCAG